GCGAGCCGGGCCGGAGCGCGGAGGCAGCGCCACGCCGGGGCGGGAGCCGGCCGGGGGCCGCCCGGGAGCCGCGCCGAUGGCCGUGCAGGCGGCGCUCCUCAGCACGCACCCCUUCGUGCCCUUCGGCUUCGGGGGCUCCCCGGACGGGCUGGGCGGCGCCUUCGGAGCCCUGGACAAGGGCUGCUGUUUCGAGGACGAUGAGAGCGGGGCGCCGGCGGGAGCGCUGCUGCCCGGAGCCGAGGGCGGGGACGUGCGCGAGGCCACCCGCGACCUCCUCAGCUUCAUCGACUCGGCGUCCAGCAACAUCAAGCUGGCGCUGGACAAGCCCGGCAAGUCCAAGCGCAAGGUGAACCACCGCAAGUACCUGCAGAAGCAGAUCAAGCGCUGCAGCGGCGGCCCGUCGGGGCCCGGCGCGAAUCUGGGCGAGCUGGAGAAGGGGGCGGAGGCCGUGGAGCUCCUGGAGCUGCUGGGGCCGGACUACGGCGCCGAGUCCGAGGCGGGCGUGCUGCUGGCCGCGGAGCCCCUCGACGUGUUCCCCAGCGCGGCCGCGGGCCUGCGGGGACCUUUGGAGCUGGAGCCCGGCCUCUUUGAGUCGCCGCCGCCCGCGAUCGUGGGGAGCCUCCUGUACCCCGAGCCCUGGAGCGCCCAGAGCUGCCCGCCCGCCAAGAAGCCGCCCCUCGCUGCGGCCCGCGGAGGCUUGACCUUGAGCGAGCCCUUGCGCCCCUUGUACCCCGCCGCCGCGGACUCUGCGGGUGGCGAGGAUGGACCGGGCCCCCUGGCCUCUUUCGGCCCCUUCUUUCCAGACUGCGCCCUGCCGCUGCCGCACCAUCAGGUGUCCUACGACUACAGCGCGGGCUACAGCCGCACGCCCUACUCCGGCCUCUGGCGACCGGACGGGGUUUGGGAUGGGGCUCCGGGGGAGGAGGGAGUGCACCCCGAUUGACUGCGAGGUACCCCGCCCUCCCCGAGAGACUGCAGUGGGACGCGCCCUGCUCCCGGCCUCUGCUGAGCCUGGAGAACGACGGGGAACGCAAGCGCAGAUGAAACGGGGCGGUAAAAGAGUCAGUUAAUAAAAAAACUUCACAAACACACAGGAAGAUGUGUUGAGGAUCGUCUUAAUCAGGGCCUCAAGUGGACUUUAUUUAAGCCGUCGCUAGUUUGUUACUGGACUCCCCGCUUCCCCAAACCAAACAAAAACCGAGAUGAGCUUGGGGAAUCAUAGGGGGGAGGGGUGCGUUGCAGAAAGGGCAGGAUGUAGCCCUGGUUGCUACCUGCUCCUCUCCAGCUUCUCAGCGAAGGUCGGUGCAUUCGGUUUACCCCCUGUGCACCUUGCCCUGGCCCCUUCCCUCAAGUGCGUUAUGAAUUAAAGCCUAUAUUGAAAACAAA